CGAAUGCUUCGGGAAGGCCUGCCAAGAAGGGUUCGGCAAAGAACGUGUUUGUGCGGACAGGAUAGAUACUUGCGUCACGAUUUAUACCAACGAAACCCGUGCCCCUGAAAACGUCAUGGCGAGGAAUUGCUCGUUCCCGUGGAUGAAGUGGGAAGGAGAGUGCAACCUGGUCCAGCCCAGCGGGAAGAAUUCGCCCAGGGCCAAGCUGAAGGGUUACAUGUGUCUCUGCAAGGGUGACUUGUGCAACAAUGCAUCGGGUUUGCUCGGCCUGGGUCUGUUGGCGACAACCCUCGUUUCCCUGGUCGGAGCCCUAUUCGUUGGACGAUUCACUCAGCACUAAACCUCAAAGAAGAAAACCCAAUGCGUUGUGUGCAAAAUUUUACUUUUGCGAGUCAAAGAAACGAAAAACAAGGAACUUUAUAAACUUUUCUCUACCAAAAAAUAAAUAAAAUAAAAUGACUGAAGCGCGACUGAAAACUUUCUUCCACUCAUUCUAUAUGCGUUGAUCGCUAAAGAAAAAAAAAGAAGAAGAGAGAAACAAGAAGAAUCUGUAGUCUUCCCCCAAUGAUUUUAAUCCGUAUGUAUGCAUGUUUUAUGUUGAAAUUUAUUCUUUUGUGGUUGGCUAUGUCCAUGUGACAUUGUUACCAGCAGAGCAAAAAGGGGUUCAGCUCUCGAAAAUCCACUUCUCGAAUCAUUUUUUCGAGGAGUAAACGUUUCUGAUGUGUUUUUCACACCGCUUUUAGAAUUGCGAGCAAAAUGCACGAGCUUGGACGUUAGUCGAAGAACCCUUCUUGUUUUUUAGAGAAAAAUUUGAGAAAACGAGAACGUAGAAAGCAAAUGCUGUGUUCGAACAAGAAAAAAAAGAUGAGAAAAAGUAAAUGAAAUCACCUCAAAAGCGUAAGUUUCAUGUUUUGCUUCGGUUGAUAAUUUUGACUGCUUUUCUAGUGAUUUCAAUUUAUUUUUGUGUGGAUUGCGUAAUUUGUCAAAAAAAGUGUUUUCAAGUUUCCGAUCGUGUUGUGGUGAUGAAGGUUUCAUUUUUGUCCUCAGCUUAUUUAUUGAGAAGCACUUUGGCACCGAAAAACGAUGCUACCUGAACAAUUCCUACUUCAUGCCACAAAAUUUGAGAAUUGUUCAAUGUCAGCUAAUUGCCGUAUAUCGUCGUCACUGUACCCUUAAUUUUGUUUUGCUAAUCAACGUUUAAUGUGUACGUAGUUUUAGUAUUCAAAUUUGAAAACAUGAAAAACAUCCAUGGGAACAUGGAAGCGCGUGAUGAAAAAAAAAAUCCUUCUUACGGCGUCACAUUGCAAGCUUGAAAUAUUUAAGAUACGUGUCCUUUUGUUUUAUAUCGCAAAACAACCAUUGCGCUGAUGUUCUUUUGAUUGCAAAGUCCUCCCAAUUUCAGUUGAAAGGAGAACGUAUUGCGGUGUAUGUGACCUGCAAUAAAGAAAUGGUUGAUGUUUUCA